UUCUGAUGGGAGUUCAUUUUGCGUUGGUUUUUGAUUUGACAUUUUGAAAUUACGAACGGCAACGAAACAAUAUUUUUAUUUACCGGUAUAGUUCUUGCUAUUUCAUACUUUCAUAAAGUUUUUCAUCAAUUCUAAGCGGUUCUAAGUUUCAAAUCGAUGGAACUCAUAUCGGCGAUCGUUGUGGAGUCCGCCACAACCAAGCACGCUUUGAAUGUAAAUGCUCCCGGCAAGCAGAAAGGUCGUCAUCGGAAGAAACAGAAGUACAACGCAAUACGAUCGCAAAUGGAGUUUUACUUCUCCGAUGCUAAUCUUACCAAGGACCGCUAUUUGGGCCAACGAAUUAAAGAAGAUCCUUUUAUUCCGCUGGAAGAGUUUCUUAAAUUCAAUCGAAUAAAGCAGUUGGCCGAUAAUGUUGAAGACAUUGCAAUGGCACUUAAAAAUUCCGACUUGUUAUUGCUUUCGGAGGACCGUAGCAAAGUGCGCCGUGUUACGGAACCGACCGAGCGGAGCAACUGCGAACAAUGCACAAUCUAUGUGGAAUGUCUUCCACCAAAAGCGGAUCACGACUGGGUGCGAAAUGUGUUUUCGGCCUACGGAAAGGUGGCUUAUGUAUCGCUGCCAAAGUUUAAGUACUCGAAAAAAAUCAAAGAAUUUGGUUUUGUUGAAUUUGAGGAUGAAUCAAGCGUUCAGAAAGCAUUGAAAACAUUUCAAGCGUUCGGUGGGGUACUGUCAUAUGAGGACACGGAUCCGGCGAAGUUGGUCAGUAUUUCUAGCUUUGGCAAGGAGAAGGAAGAGGAGGAAACACGUGAGGCUAAGGAUGAAACAGAGCAACCCGUAAAGAUUGAAGAUCAGGAGGUUGCAGAGGGUCCACCAGCAAAGCGUCUUUGCAAGGCCGAAGAAGAUAGUUCCGAAGCGGAGGAAGAGAAACAUAGCGCUAGUGGGGAGUCUGAAAGUGAGCAUGAAAAUGAAGAUUUGAACAUCAUGGAAGGAAAUAUCAAUGAAAAGUGUGAAGUAAGCGAAGUCAAGAAAAAGCGACGACGCAGGAAGGGUAUCAGUGGAGUCAAGAAGGAAAUUCAACAAGACGAUAAAGUUUAUGAAUUGAAAGUAAUGACCAAGCAGGAAUGGCGAAGACUGCGCAACAAAUAUCUAAAUCUUCAAAGAGCAGAGGCAAAAAAACUGAAGAAACUUUUCAGUGACUCUCGUAAGUUCUGCAAACCUAAUCAAAAUCGUACACCCAACCCGUCGACUUCGAGUACCAAAGCCAUCAAAUCGUCACCGAGAGUCAAUUUUUACGGCGCUCUCACCGAUGAGGAGGCUGCAGCUGAAGCUACCAAACUGGAAGAACAGGAACAGCAGGCAGUGAAGCAGCCUUUAUUCUCCUUUGAACCGGGGCUAAUUGUGAACAUUAAGUUUCGUGUUCCCUGUGCGAAUGUUAAGGAUUUCAAAGCUGAACUCAAGCAGUAUCCUUACGUGAAGUAUAUCGAUUUGAAGGAAGCCGACGUGGAGACGUUUGUCCGAGUGGACAAGCCGAGCUCGGCCAACCAACUCGUGAAGGAGUACAGUAUGGCAGAGUACAGCGCCCAAAUCUUAAGUGGAGAAACUGAGAAGAGUUAUUGGGAUAAAAUCAAACGGGACCGAGAGGACAAAUUGAACAAAAAAGUGAAGGUGGAAAAGUUGAGAGGAAGAACCAAGCUUUUGAAGAAAGUGAAUACUCACAUUAAGUUUGAAGAAGACGAAUGAUUCACACAUGUUUUUGCAUUCUAGUCCAAAACACUGGUAAGGGCUAAAUUUGAUAAUUCAGUUCAUUUAUUUCGAAUGUAUGAAGAACUGAUACUCUUGAAAAGCAUGAAAUAAAUUCUCUCGAUAGAA